UGUCUCCGCGCUCGCUCACUUCAUUGUACUGACCGUGUGCAUCAAUUAAGCAGGAAUUAAGCCGUUUCGGGCUCCGCGGGUCGCUCGCAGCACUUCCAGGGGCCACUGCUCGCCGCCGAGAAGUUUUGUGUGCGGUGGAAAGCGGAGGGAAGCGGAACGCAGAUAUGCCCUCAGUGAUGGAGCGCUCGGGGUCCGGGGUCCUGUCCAGGAGCAGAGCCAAGACUGUAACCAACGGCAACAGCCUACCACACUCUGAGGAGGAGAGCAGCGAUGAGGAGCAUGCUCAUGACAGUAUGAUCCGAGUGGGAGGAGACUACCAAGCUCAUAUCCCAGAGUUCAAACCAGACAGUCCAACCCGCUACAAUGAGAAGGACCAGAGGAGCAUGUUGGUGUGGUGUCCCAACCCUCUGCUUUCCGAUGCCAUGUUGGAUGAGUAUAUCCUGAUGUCCAAAGAAAAACAUGGAUACAACAUGGAACAGGCCCUGGGCAUGUUGCUGUGGCACAAACACGAUGUGGAGCGCUCACUGGCCGACCUCGCCAACUUCACCCCGUUCCCUGACGAGUGGACAUUGGAGGAUAAAGUGCUGUUCGAACAGGCCUUCAGCUUCCACGGCAAGAGCUUCCACCGCAUCCAGCAGAUGCUGCCAGACAAGCCGAUCUCCAGCUUGGUAAAGUACUACUACAGCUGGAAGAAGACCAGGACCAGGACGUCAGUGAUGGACCGACAGGCCAGGAGGCUGGUCAACAAGAGAGAGCGAGAAGACAGUAAUGAUGAGGUGGAGGAAGGAGACCCCGGCAGUGAUAGCGACUUUGAGCUCAAUGGCAAGAAAGAGCCAGUGAAACAGACCCCCAGCGCUAACUCAGAGAAGCCCACCCCCAGUCGCUCUGGGCCGAUAAAGAAGGAGAAUAUCGGGGCCCAGUAUCGCCACCACCCGCUCCGAGCCCGCCGCAGGCCACCGAAGGGCAUGUACCUGGAGCAGGCAGAUAUCAUGUCCCUUUCAGCCUCUCAAGAUGCCGGGGUGCUGUCUGUACGACAGCUGGACACGACGCUUGUGUCACUGAAGAGACAAGUUCAGUCCAUUAAACAGAACAACAGUAGCGUGAAACAGAGUCUUAAUGCAGGUGUUGAUGUGUUCAGAGCGGCUGAGCCUACCCCGAAGAUGAACUCUCGUUGGACCACAGAGGAGCAGCUCCUGGCUGUGCAGGCCAUCCGUCGCUAUGGUAAAGACUUUGCAGCCAUUGCAGAGGUGAUAGGAACCAAGACGCCAGCUCAGGUGAGUUCGUUCUUCGUGAGCUACCGGCGCAGGUUCAACCUGGACGAGGUGCUGAGGGAGUGGGCAGCCGAGCAGGUGGCCACCAGCCGCGACCAGAAGGACCCGAGGAGGAGCGGCGAGGAGAUCACGGCAGCAACAGACGGAGGUGCAGAGGAGGACGAGGUCAAAAUGGAGGACUUUCCCUCAGAUGCUGCCGACAGCUCCUCUCCUCCAUCCUCCACCCAGACGCCGUCAUCUUUCUCCCAGCCUCCACCACUGCUGCGUCCCGCGCCUCCCUCGGCUCCCCCGAGCCUCCUCCGUCAGCCGCCUCCUCUUCAGACUCGCCCGCUGCAGAACCGAGCGCCCCACAACCACCCGCCACCUCCCCUCAUCCGUCCCGCGGUGACCACCUCCUCCUCAGGGAGCUCCAGCCUCAGGGCUUCUCCACCCAGCUCCUCCUCCUCCAGCACUGCAGCGGGGCAGCUGCCUCCUUCACUGGUCGGGCUCAAAGUGGAGCAGUCCAACUCGCACUGAUGACACACACACACGCAGAGACACACACACACACACACACACACACACACACACACACAACAGUAGCAGUAGAAGCACACACACACUAGCAUGCAGACAAACCCAUUUGUCUCUCUUUUCUCAAAGAAAAUUCCUUCUACUUGUUACUGCAACGUUCCCUGUUGUCUCUGGGAACACGACACGUCACAUGUUCAAUCAAACAUUCUCGAGUCCCUAAGGUGACGUCUCAGUUCCUAAAACGUGGCAGGUAGAGAGUGAGGGGCGCAGCAACAGAGUCCACUGCAUUGGUGAUCUGAAGCCCCUUCACUGUACUGACACACCUACCUCCAGACGAUUGUUCUCUAGUGUCACACACACACACACACACACACACCUACACACACAGAGAAAAUCAAGACAAAGACACUGGAUCAUCAAGCUGUUGACCAUAUAGAGCAAACCCACCUGCCCAUCUCCAUGGUAACUGUUGAACAUCUGGAUUGUAGAGGAGUGUGGUUGAACACGCACACACGUGUAUAUAAUAUACACUGUAGGUUCCACUAGGCAGGUAUCAAGUCAUCCAAACAGCCUUCAGGAAAAAGAAAGGAAAAAAAAGAGGAAGAGUUUCUCACAUCUGAGCCAAACCUUCUCCUCCUGGGAGGUCGUGUAAAUUAGAAACUCAUUUUGAUGGUGUGGAUAGUUUUGCCUUUUUUUCCUUGCGUGCUUUAAAACUCGGACCCUCACAGGAGCGAGGAGAUGCAUCUUCAAAGAACCCGAGCUUCGUCCCGAGAGCUGCGAGUUUAGUCUUGGAAAUCCUGAAUCGGGCAAAAAAGACAACCCGAGAUCUCUCCUCUCAUAGCCAUGUAUUACUAGUAUUAACUGGAGUGAUGUUUUCCUGUUUCUUUGACUAGACUUGAGCUCUAGAUAGGCAGUCAGUGACUGCAAGUAGUUUAGCUAGUGCAUACUUUAUUAUUAUUAUGAUAAUUAUUGACUGAGUACGAAGGAGAAGAAGAGUUUGGACUGUGUCGGUCCUUUCAACCAGACGUGUUGCCACAGAUCUUUUUCACCAGUCCAGUGUUGGAGUCAAUGGUCACACUGGUCCCUGUGACGAGCAGCCGAAUCAAACAUGAGUUGCUGUGAAACACGCCUGCUCUCACUGACUCUUCAUUCCUGGGAUGUUAUUCAAGAAGAAGGAAAAUGUUCUGCCAAAGUCCUGUUAUUGCUUUAAAAGCACAUUGUCCCUCGAGUCUCCAGACACGUGUCGUCUCGCUUCCUCCACCUGAGACAUGCGAGGUUGACGAUAUUGUCAGUUUCUUGCGGGGAGUUGCCUCUAUGUCUUCAGGGUCAGAUUGACGCUAACGCCAGCCGACGGCUCACUUUAAGGAAGUUGGUUGACAGCGAGACUGGUUCUUACUAGAGGUCAACAUCUGUCUAACUGUAAAUAAGGGCACGGUCACACACAUGCAAAUAUAUCCGCGGUAAACCUUCUCCCAUUUACUUGUUAUCUGUGGGAGCGAGGGGGUUGAAUAUAUCAACUUUGUUUGUUUUGCAUUAACAUGUGACAGGGCCCUGAAGCUGUGAUUAACACAUGUGUUGGUUUUGUAAAAAUAACCCUGACAAAUUGACCUAUACACUUUAACAGAUUCAUAAAUUAAAUACGACAUGUUUCAUAUUGUGUUUUGUAGGAAUCUAUAGCAAGUGUUUGCUUCCCUCCAGUCUUACUGCUGCCGGCUGGUUGGGGCCUCGCUGAAGUACAGACAUGAGUGUUGGGUUAUCUCUCUCUGCCAGUUGGCCAUGUAUUCCUGUAGGUUCAUGUUUAAUCCAAAAUAUCACUCGCUGCUUGCGAUGACUGAGUGUUUUGUUGUGAAGGUAAAUUCCAAAAGUUUUUUUUUCAAAGAUGCACUGACGCCUCGGUCAAGUCGUCUCAGUGCAGUUCUUUAAGGCAACUUUCUCUCUGGUACUUCUAUUAAAGUCCUGACCUGUCUUGGCCCAGAGGGAGGAAGCCCGGGGGGGGGGUCAAAGGGCACGUGGAAGGAGUGUGUUGCUGUAACGUGAAAAUCGUUAUGGACGAGUAACUUUAUUGGAAACGCUUUGUUUGGGCCACAGUCGAGGUUUCUGCUUCCAAAACUCUCUUUUCGAUAUCUGCCAUCUUUAGAAAACAAGUGAUCGGCAUUUUACCUUUUAGUUCUUACUCCUGCUGAAUCUCCCCUCAUAUUCCAGUUGCCUGUUUUAUCGCCGCCUUCUCAAGCAGAUCUGUGUUCAGUGCUGCUGCUGCUUCCAGUCUCACAUUGCCUGCGUUUGUGAGUAACGGCCUCCAGGGGGCAGCGAAGCAGCUCAUCACCACACUUUGGCUUUAGAGCGUCUGUCCACUUUGCUCGGAGUCGUUCUUCUUCCCGUUGUUCCUUUGUUUGCAAAACUGCUUGUGUGUACUGUAUGUGAGAAGCUGUUUACAUUCUGGAAACUGAACUACUUGUGUUUGACAUGUUUUUUUUGUUGUUUUUUUUAGAAUAAAGAAA